CAGGAAGAUCUCUUAAAUGAGAGAUGGAGCUAGACAACAUUUACACUAAUGUGGAAAACUUGUGUCAUGACCAACUGAAACUAGACAUGAAUCAGCAAAACCUAAAAUCAGAACAUGGUGUUCAAUCAACAGAGCCUGUCCAAGGAAAAUGGUCACCUCUGGUCAUCUGCAUUCUCCUGGGUCUCUCCAUCCUGCUGUCCAUGGGGAUGCUGACUGCUGCAGUGAUACUGUUUACACAGCUGUUCAGCAACAUGAAAAUGUUAGAAACUGACAUCAAGAUGGAUCUAACCCAAUUGCUAAGUAGCGUUACAGGAUUAACUGAGAAGACAAACAGAUCACUUGAUGAACUUAGAAAUGAUAUUUCACAGCUGAAGAUGAAACUACCAAGGGAGUGUCCUGAAGACUGGAGGCGAUUUCAACGAAACUGUUAUUACUUUUCAUUAGAAAGCAAGAAUUGGACAGAGGCCCAGAGAGCCUGUGCAUCACUGGACGCCAACCUUGUUGUCAUUAAUAGGCGUUGGAAACAGGCAUUUGUAAAAAAGUGGCUCCAAAACAAAAAUCACUGGAUUGGACUCACUGAUUCUGACUCUGAAGGUGAUUGGCGCUGGGUGGAUGGAACUAACUACACUUCCUCUGUAAAGUUUUGGUCUGAGGGUGAACCAAAUAAUGCUUCUGAUGAAGACUGUGCAGAAAUAUACAGUAAUGGAGGAUGGAAUGAUCGGUCAUGUGAUGUCUCUCAACAGUGGAUCUGUGAAAAGCCAUGACAGUUUAAUUCUCCUUAAUGUUCCAUCAGUGGAAAGGGAGGGAAGUAAAUCACUUUGAAGUGUUCAGUCUGUUGUACAUUGGGUAAACAACUGUAAGCUGGGGUUGGCAGAAAGGAGUAGCAAGUGACCUCCCUCACUCUCCUGACCGUAACGUUCCAAAAUCCCACUGAAAGCAAUCAGGCUAUUCCCCUUUAUCUCAAUUCAGUGAUGUGAAGAUUCACAUUUGCACUGUCCCUAUAUUCCUGUACUAUGUUGACUCAGAUCAAUAAUUGCGGUAUACUGUGGAUGCUGAGAGAUAUGUAAUAAGAACCAUAGAAACUCAGGUGGUCUGGCAGUGUGUGUGGUCAGUGAAAGAGUUAAUAUUUUCGUUCUGAAGAAGUUAUACUGGACUCAAAACAUUAAAUCUUUAUGGCCCGCCAUAGAUUCUUCCAGACCUGUUGAUUUUCUCCAGCACUUUCUAUUUUUAUUCCAUAUUUCUGCAAUAUUUAAGGGAUAGUUGUAAGUGUUCUGUUCCUUUCACCCACCAGCCCAAUCCCAUUGAAGCAAAGGAACUAAAGGGAUCUUAAACAUGUUGGCUGUUUAGAAUUCAUGACA